UGUUGUAGUUAAAAAUGCCAAGCCUAGUCCAAGAAUAUGUCAGCUGGCACAACCAAAGCGGGUGAAGACACAGUUGACACACUGCAGUGUUGAUUCAAGCGCCCAUGUGAUCAGCGUUUGCAUCACACCCUCUUCACGCGUACUACAGCUGGCCUCUCCUAAGCAAGUCCAUGCACAGCACGCUCUCGCAAGGCCAGUUUCUUGGCCGGUUCCAGAUCAUGUUCUGAAGGCCGUAGCCAGCGAGAAACUGCAGAAACUGGCUCAACCCAAGACCCGUCAGGCCCUGUUUGAGGGGUACGACUCCUACCAGGUCAGUCCUUCCACUCGGGCCGCCACCGCAUCCCCCAGGCUGCUGGAGCUGUCUUUACCCUUACCACGCAAAUGUAAAGGACAAUAA